AUGAGUAAGGCUUUCCAGGUGCCCCCCGCUGUGCUCGAAACCCUAUCACCCAAGUCCAGGUCAUGCAUCGAGAAUCUGGGUGUUCACCAACCAGGAGAGAUAGAUAUCUCUAGCUCAGCUGUACUGGCAGCGGUUCUUGUAUUGCUAUACGAGAAGUCGGAUGAACUCCGGGUUCUCCUCACCACGCGAUCCAAACUCCUGCGAGCACAUCCCGGGGAGACGGCUCUCCCUGGAGGAAAGUUUCGAGAAGCAAACGAAGAAGUGGGAUUGCCUCGACGUUCCCCUUCAAUCCACACUGUCUCCGUCCUGCGACCGUUCCUGUCAAAUAGAAAGGUCGUCGUCCGGCCCGUGAUCGCGCUCCUCGACGAUCUUUCGCUUCUGGAUAACCUCAAGGCGAAUGAAGCCGAAGUGGCGCACAUCUUCGAUCAUCCCCUCGAAGCCAUGCUCGACCCCACUAUCGCGCUGGGCGAACCGCUCGUCGAAAAGGGUCGACGGACUGGCCUUACGAAGACGAGCUUCAUGAGCACUGCUUCUCCAAUAAAGGGCUUGACCGCCGAGAUACUAAUGACGGUGGCCGAGGUUGCUUACGCCCGACCUCCCACGUUUGAGCGCUAUGCGCCUGGGCAGAUGACCGACUUUACCGCAGUCCUUCGCGCACUGGAGCAGGCGGAACAAGGCGGACAACUCCACGCAUCCGGGACUGCCACCCCGAUCGGCGUCGCGACGAACGUGUCGCACGGGGCUCCUGACCUAGCCCGGACAAGUCCAGUUUCCAGCGAUUACGUGUAA